CCCACCUCACAUGAGAAUCUCGACUGUCGCGUGAUUAAGUCUCGAACUUGGCAACAUAAGCGUCCUAUGAAACGGACACCUGUCAAAAUGAAAGGAAAAUAGAAACUAAGUAAAACUUUACAAUUGAAUUAAUUCAACAAUGGAUGAACAAGUGCAAGAAAUGAAUGGAAUCGUCAAUGGUGACGACCAAGAACUUGGCGAACGCAACGAAGAUGAUGUAGCAGAAGAAUUACCACCUAUCGACGAAGAAGUUGAUAUAUCUGGAAAUGUCUACGCAGAUGGAAAGAAAUUAGUUCUCGAUUUAAAUGAGCAGUCUUUAUUGCGCAUGCCCAACGGCGUGUUUCAGAUUGAGGCUUUGAACUCAUUGCUUCUGGCGGAAAAUCAGAUAUCUGAAAUUCCAGAUGAAAUUUCUGAGCUUGAACAUUUGGAAGCACUUGUUCUUUCAGGAAAUAAGAUAAAAUGUUUGAAUCCAAAUAUUUUUCAGUUAUUUCAACUGCAAAUAUUGGAUGUAUCAAAUAACGAUAUACAGGAAAUUCCAGACGAUAUUUGCAAUCUGCAAUAUCUUACCCAGUUAGUUGCAAAUACAAACAGGAUAAGCAAGAUUCCUUCGAAACUAGGGGAUCUAGAUUCUCUGAGAUGUCUCAUGCUCAAUGAAAACCGAAUUCGCCAAAUUCCGGAGGACAUUUCCAAUCUUCUGAACUUAGAAGUUCUUGGAUUAGAAAGAAAUGAUUUGGAUUUUCUGUCUCCGGAAGUAUGCAAAUUGGAGAAUCUCCGAAGACUCGGUCUAUCUGGAAAUCACAUGACCAACUUACCACGUGAGUUGGAAAAUCUUGUCUUGCUCCAGCAAUUGCUUCUUGAUGACAACGAAUUUGAAUUUAUUCCUGUCCAAGUGUUCUGGUUAUCGUCAUUGACGGAAUUGACACUAAGUGGAAACAGACUGGAGUCUAUUCAACCUGAAAUUCGCAGUUUGAAAAAUCUGGCAGUUCUUGGCUUAAAUGGUAAUUUGCUGGAAUAUUUACCAAAUGAACUCUGUGAAUUGGAAAAGCUGGAAGUGCUAGGCCUUGAGAACAAUAAACUCAAGGAAAUACCAAAGGACGUUUCAAAGUUAGCAAACUUGAAAGAAAUUUACUUGGGCAACAAUUGCUUAGAACAUAUUCCCGAAGAAUUGUUCUGGUGUUCAAAUAUUGAAGUGCUGAGUUUGCUUAAGAACCGUAUUUCUGGACUUCCAGUGGAGUUGGGGAAUUUGAAAAUGUUACAUUCGUUUGUUCUAACGGACAACAAGUUCAGGAUUUUGCCAGCUGCGGUCGGUUCACUUGUAAGUUUACAGCUGUUUUCUGCUGACGGGAACAAGUUAACGAACCUUCCGGGAAAUUUCAGUGACCUUUCUACACUGCGACAACUGAAUUUGAGCAGAAACAAUUUCCAUGUGUUCCCGGCCGAGGUUUGUAGUUUGAAGUCUCUCGAUGUUCUUGAUAUUCAAAUGAAUAAGAUUGAAGUUAUUCCAAGUGAAGUUGCGGCGCUGGAAAGCCUUGCAAUACUGCGAAUUAACCAAAACAAGGUGCAAUACUUUCCAACUGAGUUAUGUGGCCUUGAAAACCUCCAGAUGAUUGACAUAUCAAACAAUAACAUUGAGGAUGUUCCGGAAAGUCUUGUUAAGAUGACAACUUUGGUAGAUAUAAAUCUGUCCAACAACAUGUUCUUGGAAUUUCCAAAACCUCUUAUUUCAAUUCCAAAUUUAGAGACACUGACACUUUGCCAACCAGAGGGACACAAGAUAUUAGUGCUUCCGGACGAGAUCGAGUUUUCCAAUGUAAAGCAUCUGAUUUUGUCCAAUAACAGCCUCCGUACUUUACCGAACACCAUAAGCGGGAUGAGAAACCUCGUUUCAUUGGUUGUUGAUCACAAUGAAAUCCAAUCACUGCCAAACAUCAUUUGUGAAAUGACACAGCUUAAAGUGCUACAUCUCAACGACAACAAACUGUCGUCACUGCCGGAAAACUUCGACCAUCUCCGCAUUCUGAAAGAUCUGCGACUUUAUGGUAACCCUCUUCGAACACCACCGAUGGACGUGUGUGUCAGCGGAGUAGUUCAACCGAUUGGACUCUUUAUCCGACGGGCUUUGGAAAGAGAAGAAAUGCUGUUGAUGAAAAUGUUCGACGUGGUAAAAACAUCCCUCAACAAGAACGAAUUGCGGUACCUUAUGAAGAAAUUCCGACUACCAGAGGACAAAGUUCAAGAGAUUGAACAGACCUAUUUCGGCAAAGACAAGUUGCAGGACCGAGUAUUCCACUCCAUGCUUUACUGGAAGGAGUACAAAGGCCCCCAAGCUACAUUGGACGAGCUCAUCCGCGUCUUCCACAUCAUUGGCUAUGAUCAACUCUGUGACAAACUGCGAACCAUGAAGAUUUACAACCAACGCUUGAGGUUAUGAUUUUAACGGAAAUAUGAACAGCGGAUCCGUCCAUUUUAUUGAAGCGACUGACCGAUGACCAUGAUUUUUAAUAUAUUAUAUAACCAGCAUUUGAGGUUAUAAGUUUUUAAAGGUUAUUUGCCGGUUUGCCACUAGUUUCCCUUAACUAUUUAAAACAUGUAGUGUAAAUUGACCAGCAGAUUGAAAGCCGAAAGUACUAAGUAGUUACGUAAUUCUAGUAUAACCUUUUAGCAUGCAUGGUACAGUAAAAUACUGAUGUGGGAACUUUUGUAACAAACCUAGUCCAUGCAUUUGUAAGCAUUGGUCAUUCAAAUGUUGCGAAUUAGUGUGAUUAUCAUUGUUCUUCUUAUUCAUGGUAUCACGGUGUUUGACUGUUUUCCGAAUUUGUUUUUUGUUAUUUAGGCAUUUUUUAUUAUUUGUCAUAUGUUUUGCCCGCACUUGUGCAUGUAUUUAGAUACUGUUAUAUAUAAUAUAUUUAUUAUACAUAUAUCAUGAUAUGUUAUGUUGUGUGUAUAGCUAGAUGCUUAUUUUGUUAAGAUUUGUUUAAGACUAUGUUGCAAUUUUUGGUGUUGAAAACGUGUGAAGACCAAUGUUGUCAACGAAAUUACUUAGUGCUUGAGUUAAAGAAGAAACUUUUAUUUUUCAUGGUAUAUUAUCAGCUUAGACCGCGGAUUAGGGAUUAGCUUGAAUGUUGGAAUCCGCGAGGUCAAAUGAUUAUAACUUCAAUGUCUCCGCGGCAUAAAUACACGUCUGUUGUUUAGUGUUUGGUUAGAGAUGGAUGUUUGAUUCUGUUUGUUAUGAUCACAUUAUUUCAUGGUGUUGCAUCACUGCGUGUGCUAUUGUCGGUGUUAAGGAAAUCUGCUUCGUACAUUUUCUCAUUGUUAUAAUAAUAAAAAACAACAACUAGUUAUUAAGAUUUGCUGUCAACUCGACUCAAAUCAAUUCUAUUGUAAAUAAAGGCCUCAGACCCAGAAUACAGCGUGAAACAAUAUUAACAAUAAUAAUAUAAUAGUGCUACAUUACUUCUUGACUGUUUUAACUAUUUUCAAUGAGUCAUUAUUUGUGAAACAAAGUAUGCUACCUGUUUAAUAGUACACGCCUCAAAGUUAUUCAUAGUUAUUGAACAGUUUCAAUCAAUCUAGCAAUUUGGCUGAAACUUGACGAAGGGUUUCAUUUUGUUUGGUAACCAGCUAGAUCUUUUAAUGCCCUGCUCAGUCGUGCUACGUUCGUUUAGAAAACCCAGACCAUUAAAGACUAUGUAAACAAGGAAUACAAUAUGGUAUGUUCCAUUUUCUUACUGUUAAUUUUGUCUUCCUUGUUUGUAAGCUACUAAUAAUUCUAUUAUUUUAGCGCCUAUGUUAUAUGUCUGUGUUGUAUUGCUCCAGUUAUGUGUUUUGAUCACUAUGCCUCUUAACAGGACACUGGAUAAAUGUUUUGAUGCUGGGAUGGUAUUCAUAAAUCUUCUUGGGUCAUUUCUUAAAGUAAGUCAAUUAUUUAAUAUUUUCGUAGUCAAAUUGAAAGAAAAGUACGUUUUGUAUAUAAUUAUGUGUAUUUUUAAUAAAAUCAUUGAAAUAAAGUAUUUCAGAUAUCAUUAAGUUAUUAUAUCAUAUGAUAAGAGAGACAGAUACCUAGAUAAGAAAAUGACUUAAGUUAUCAAAUGAAUGAAUACGUUUUAUGAAUACCGUUCUUGGGCUACGCCCCUGUUGUUUCUAUAGAGUUAACCACAAACCAAACUUGCAUGUGCCUGACCUGGAAUCAAAUCCAGUACGCCUUGGUAAGAAGCGAGUGCGCAAACCAUGACUGCGUUUAUUGGACAACCAUGUAGUUUUCAUUGUGUAAUUGUAUUUCUUCUUUGUAUAAACAAUAUAUUCUAUAUAGAUACCAUGAGGGUGAUGCUAUAAGCUGUCUAACAACAUUAAUAUCAUCUAGUAUGAACUAAACAUACAACGAUGGAAACUACGAGGACUAGCCCAGUAACAGUAAGAUAUUGAACGAUAUAAGAUACGAGGCUUAUGCAUAUAACAGACACUUAACAGUCGAGUGGGACAUCGUACCAAACAACACAGACAAUAGACCAUUUUUAUUGAUAUUUACAUGUUUGGAGAGUUGAUCAUUUUUACAUUUAAUGGAUGUUAUAUUUUUACACACUAUUUAAGCAUUCUGUUUAUACGUACACAUGAUUGUAUUGCUCAACUGUUUACAUUUGCCGGUUGCUAGGUAGACGCGCGACACACAGAAAUAGGUUUUACAGUAUGUAUGCCAUAAGAGCGGGUCCAAAUAUGACGUCAUAGAAUGGUAGUGCCCGCGGUAUAACAUAUUUGUAAGGUUCUUGCUACUUUUAACAUAGCUUUUACGCUUCGGUUUGGUAACAACAAUCUUUGAUACGAUGCCCAAGACUAGAAAAUCGAACAUGUUUUAUAAGACCUAUUUCUGAAUGAAGCGGCUUAAUUUUUUUCAGCAUGCUGCACGUGUUGUUAUUUCUAUAUUUUCAUCUUGUUAUUCUUUACAUUUAUUAGAUUUUCUACUUUAGGAGCUUGUGAUCUCUAUCAAUACAAAUUAAAACCUUGAAACUAA